AUGUUGCCCUUCGGUGUUGGUUUCCGCUUCCCCAAGAGUGUUGACCCCAGAAGACGAACGCAGCGCCUGAGCAAAGACGCCUCGUGGGCUGUUGGAGUGAAUGAAUCAGACCUUGACUUAGUUCCUCAUCAGCAGACAGUUAUUCCUGCAGAGGGAGCAGGCCCGGAACUGAAUCCAGUCUGCCAGGCUAAAGCUGUUGUGGAUUGCAGUCCCAGGAUCUCGAAUCGAGAUAGGCCUGGCGGUUAUAGAAGCUACGGUCAUGCAGAGGAGGCUGCGUCCUGGAACCUUCCUGGGUCGGGCAAGGAGGAGCCGGGCGAGAAGUCCCUGCCACGUCAGACUCCUCGAGCAGCCCGCCCCCCGGAGCCCCAGCGUGUGCUUCCCUCCUGCGCCGGCACCUGGGAGCCAGCCUUCCCCACGGGGCUGCUCCGCCGGGAUUCCAACCCGCCCGUCUCUUGGCAGGAGCACGUCCAGCACGGCCGGGAGGUCCACGUGGUGCUGGGCAACGAGGCCUGCGACCUGGACUCCACGGUGUCGGCGCUCGCCCUGGCGUAUUACUUGGCACAGACCUCUGUGCAGUCCAAGGCGGCGUUCCUCCCUGUGCUGAACAUCCCCCGCGCGGAGUUCCCCCUGCGCACAGAGAGCACUUUUCUCCUGCGGGAGCAGCAGAUCCCUGACCGCUGCCUGAUCUUCCGGGACGAGGUCGACCUGCAUGCGCUGCACCGGGCUGGCCUCCUCUCCUUGACUCUGGUCGACCACCACAUGCUGCCAAGCGGAGACGCAGCCCUGGAGGAGGCUGUGGUCGAGGUGAUCGACCAUCGGCCCCUGGAGCGGGAGCCUGGGUGCAGCGUCACCGCGGAGCUGGUGGGUUCCUGCGCCACGCUGGUGACGGAGAGGAUCCUGCGGGGCCCGCCGGAGCUGUUGGACAGACAGACGGCUGCGCUGCUGCACGGUGAGGGCAAAGCUAGCCAGGGUCGAUCCCCAGGGUGGGGUGCAGCGUUCUGGGGAGGAGACUCAGACCUCAGGCCCCCGUGCCAGGCUGUGUCCUGCUGGCUGAGCGUCCUCUUUGAGGCUCUGCAGACUGCCAAGUUCGACGUGUCAGGGCUCACUACGGACCAGAUGCUGCGAAAGGACCUAAAAGCGCUGUCGAGCGACGGGUUGGUUCUUGCCAUCAGUGCGCUGUAUGUGACGCUGGAGGCCUUCCUGCAGCGGCCUGGCUUGCAGCAGGACCUGUGCGCCUUUUGCCAGCGGCCCCACGGAGCCUUCCUGCAGCGGCCUGGCUUGCAGCAGGACCUGUGCGCCUUUUGCCAGCGGCACCCGACCGUGUCCAACGGGGGGAGGGAGCCAUUCCGGCAGCUGGCGGUGUACAGCCAGCACGCGGCGGUGCGGACAGCGAAACCUUUAGAUUUUAGAAGAUUGGCCCAGUGUGCUCCUUGGGUAAGAUCUCAGAUAUACAUUGACCUGCGCCUGUCGCUGGUCCUUCGGGACUGGGAGAGUCCUCUAGGAGUUGGGGAGAUUGGGCUUCUCGUCCGUAGCUGGGUGAAAGGUCCUUUGUAA